CAGUAUUCAGUAAGCAACAAGUGAGCAAGCCAGAAGGAGCUACCUGUAAACAGGCUUAUCGAAGUGAUAAAUACACCAACAAGCAAUCGAGAUGCGUUUGGGACAGACCGUACCUAACUUCCAGGCCGACACCACCAAGGGGCCCAUCAGCUUCCACGAGUGGCAGGGCAAUUCGUGGGUGGUGCUCUUCUCCCACCCCGCCGACUUCACGCCCGUGUGCACCACCGAACUGGGUAGAAUUGCGGUGCACCAGCCGGAGUUCGCCAAGCGGAACACCAAGUGCCUGGCGCACUCCGUGGACGCCCUCAACUCGCACGUGGACUGGGUGAACGACAUCAAGAGCUACUGCCUGGACAUUCCCGGCGACUUCCCCUACCCGAUCAUCGCCGACCCCACUCGGGACCUGGCCGUCAGCCUGGGCAUGCUCGACGAGGAGCAGAAGAAGGACCCCGAGGUGGGCAAGACCAUCCGGGCGCUGUUCAUCAUCAGUCCGGACCACAAGGUGCGCCUCUCCAUGUUCUACCCCAUGUCCACGGGCCGCAACGUUGAUGAGAUCCUGAGGACCAUCGAUUCCCUGCAGCUGACUGAUCGCCUCAAGGUGGUGGCCACUCCAGCUAAUUGGACUCCUGGCACCAAGGUCAUGAUUCUGCCCACUGUCACCGAUGAGGAGGCCCACAAACUGUUCCCCAAGGGAUUCGACAAGGUGUCCAUGCCCUCUGGAGUCAACUACGUCCGCACCACUGAGAACUAUUAGACAUCUGAGACUAUUUCCAUUUUUAAUCUUUAUUUCCCCCCUUUUGUGCCAUAACAAAUUUAGUUACCAUGUAAUAAAGAUUAUUUUUACAAAACAA